UAGUUGCACGCGACACGCGGUAAAACGCGGAAAAGAAGAGGUCGCACGAGUAUAGUAGAUACUUUCUCUAACGUUUUCUUGAAAUUUUAAAGAAAGAAAAGUGUCUUGUAUAUUGGAAAAUAGAGGGCGGAAUGGCAUUGCAAGCUUCAAAAUCACGAUCGUUUGAUGAAUCAUUGACCAGCCCUUCGAUCAGUGACCAAAUGCUUUAUCCCUGGAACUGGAGUGAGGAAGCUAGGAACAUUGAUCUUAGUCCCAGUCAUUCAUGUUCAUCGCCUGAAUACAGAGAAAAAAGUAUGCCCUCGGGCAACACGGGAUCUAAAACAGAUUCUGCAUCUGAUAAUCAACGACGUGGUAGACCUAGAGCAGAUGUUCUUACACAACUUAUGAAGCAGGGGAGCACAUCACCCAGUAGUAUUAAAUGUUCUUAUUGUAAUCGUGUUUUUCCUCGAGAAAAGAGUUUACAAGCUCAUUUACGAACGCAUACUGGAGAACGUCCAUAUCAAUGCGACUUUCCUGGUUGUUUAAAAGCAUUUACGCAAUCGGGACAACUGAAAACUCAUCAGCGUUUACAUACAGGGGAAAAACCUUUUGUGUGCUCUAUACCUGAUUGUAAAAGAAGAUUCACGCAUGCUAAUAGGCAUUGCUCUGAACAUCCUUAUGCAACUUUAUCUAGAUCUGAUGAUUUCUCAUUGAAAUUUAUUCCAAAAAAUACGGAAUUAUCUAGUGAAGAAACACGGUGGCUUGAACGUUUUAAAAUGUCUAGAGAAAAGGAGGAAAGAACGCCAACAGAAAAGAUAGAACAUAAAAGAAAAGUAUGGAAAAAUGGUAGCGAAGAUAUUAAAAAACCUAAAUCUAGAAAAGGUUUAGUGAUGGACGAUGCUGUUGGUGAACAAGAGAACUUAAAUUGUAUAGUUCCAAAAGAAAGAUCUUAUUCCGCAGAGAAUCAGGACAGUCAAGACGAUAGUCAAGAUGAAGAUCAAACAUGUUCUAUUUUACAAACAUUAGAGGACGAAUUAUCUUCAAAAUUACCUACUUCGUCAUUAGCAAACCCAUUAGAUAGACUUCAACCAAAGAAACGGUGGCUACGAGAAGCUUGUAUGGAACAGAACUUGGAAAACCCCAUAAAUUGGGAUACUAAUGCCAAUAGUACAUUGACGACUGGUGCAAUGAACAAUGAAGGAAUAAAUUCUAAUGAACCAUCAACUCCUAGUUCUAACUCUAAUUUACAAUGGGAAUCAUCAAAUACGUCUCCUAUAUCUCCACCAUGUAGAAAAAGUCUAAACGAAAUAAUUCCACAUUCUCAAAAUAAUAUUGUUUCUUAUAAUAAUUUACUUCAAGAUAGUUGGAAUGCACAAGCCUACGUAGAAUCUUAUAUGGAAUAUUCCAACAUGAUAUUGCAACAAGAAAUAAAAGAAAAUAUAAACACAGAAGGCACUGUGGCAUUAGAAACAUUGUGGUCUGAUAGUAAUAAUUCCAAAUCUUUUGAAGCUCCUAUUCUUCAGGAUAGACAAAAUACGGUUAAAGAAUUGAACAAUACAAUUUGGAAAAAUAUCGACGAAGAAUCUGAAAUAAUAUCGAUUCCUAAAUCUCUUAUAUCAACUUCAAAACCCAUUCUUAAUGAAACAAGACCAACAGUUUUGAUGUUCAAAGGUUCUGGGAAUAAUAUCGCAGAGAAAAAAAUCAACUCGGAAAUGCCUUUAGUUGAUUUAACCACGAAAGAUAAUAAUCAAACAAUUAUAAAACAAGAAAAUGAUAUACCUAAAUUAUCAUUACCAGAAAGUAAUAAAGAACUGAUGGGUGCUUUAGCUUUAAUAGAAUUAGCUAAACACAAAGACACAACAACCGAAAGUGUUGAUAUUAAAGUUGAAACAGAUGAUCAAUUUACACAAUCUACAUCAACUUAUAAUCAUCUGUAAUAAGUAGUUACUUAUUAUCACAAUGCUAAUUUGUAAAAUAAUGAAAUCAUGACUAUGCUUAAAUAGCUUGUUUGAUGUUUACUUAGCAUUUUCAUUUAUAUACAAAAAUAUAAGUGAAAGUUGGGCAGCUGUAAUAGUCAAACUUUUAUUUAAAUAGCAAUGAAAUCAUAAAAUCAAAAAAGCAUCUCCAUAGGAAGUACCGCUCAGCCAUAGAAAUUAAAGUAAAAUAAUUUUUAUUUGAUAUUUUGUCCGUUUUUUUUUUAUAUAUUUAUUUUUCAUGUUUAUGUUGCAAGUCAUGAUCUCUCAUUAUCAAAAAUUAUUGAACUAUUUGAUUUUUUUUAUUCCUUUUUCUUCUUUUCCUUUCUUUUCUUUUCCUUUUGUUUUUUGUGCACUAAAUUACGUUUACAAUUAAAAGGUUGUGAAAUAUGAUGCAUAUUUUUUUUUACUAUUAAGAAUCGCAUAAUUCAUUGAUUAAGAAACUAUUUUUGCAUUUGGUUUUACAAACUGCUAUUCUUUCUGUUACAUCUUAUAAAAUAUUAUCUUAUUCUACAUCUGUCUCUUUCUAUCUGUAAUGAUUCUACGUAGAAAUUGAAUAGUUAGCAUGUUAAUUUAUUAACACGUUAAGUGCCAUUUUAGUUAUUGGUGAUGGACAUCUCUAGUUGACGGAUUAACCUGGUAUAAGUAGGAUACUAAACAAAAUAGGUUUGGCAUUUAACAUGUUAAAUAAAAUACAUAUCUUCUAAUUCCAGCCCAGCAGUUUGUUCAUGUUUGUAAACAAAUACUAAAUUAUUUGCUGUGUAAAUUACUAAAUUUUUUCCUAACUAUUAUAAUAUUUUGUAUAAAAUAAUCAUUAAGUUCAAAAAUUCUAUAUACAUGCCGUUAAUUAUGAUUUAGUUCACCAUUGUAAUUAUUGGCACGUAUCAUAUUUUUUCAUAAUUGUUGAGACGUUUCAUUGUUCAGACGUUUGUUGAGACAAAAUCAUUUAUGUCAAUAUAAAGCGUUAAGUAGAAUGAUAAAAUGGGAUUUUAUCAUAAUUACAAUGACUUCCAACAUUUUGUUAAAUGUAAGAUUAGCUUUUUUAAUUGCAUCAUCCUAUUAUAAGUAUUUAUUGAAGUAGAGAAAAUAUAAGUAAUUGUUUUGGGAUAAGUUUUUACAUUUCUUUUAGAAGCCUAGAUUAUAUUUAAAAUUUUAGGGAAGGAUGAUAUUUACUUCAAGUGAUACUUCAUAUUUAUAAAUCUCUCCCCAGGAUAAGAUCUCCGUUUUUAGAGCUUACAAUUUAAGUUCAUUCAAAUUUUUUGCACAAUUUUUCUAUGAGAUUUUUAAUUCUUUUCAAUUGACAAUUUCUUCUCCGUUUCCUUAGACACAUUUUUUAACUUUCUAAGUCACUCCAUAAAAAGGAGUCAUGAAAAUAUCGUUCUUUCUUUUAUAUA